AUGAACACCAAGGCCACCACACCCCCGCCCCGACCGCGUGCCAGCAACCCCGACACCAACGGACGGGGCUCGAAACGAACGACCCCAAGCUCUGGCAAGCCAGAUCAGAGGGAAGCCGCAACGGCCCCGAACGCCAUACGAUGCCGCGAUUCGACGCGCGCCCAGGAGCAAGGGGACCAGGCCACGAAACCCCGGCCAUACGCCUGCCGCCACCGCAUCAGGCAGACAAGGCUGAGACGAACAACCCCAAGGCCCGGCGGACCGGGCCGGUGGGGAGGCCGCAACAGCCCCGCUUCCCAACGCUAUCGCAUAACGCACGCCCAGGGCACGCGACACAGGGCACCUCCCACCCCGACCGCGCGCCAGAAACCCAGACACCAACGGACGGGGCUCGAAACGAACGACCCCAAGCUCUGGCAAGCCAGAUCAGAGGGAAGCCGCAACGGCCCCGAACGCCAUACGAUGCCGCGAUUCGACGCGCGCCCAGGAGUAAGGGGACCAGGCCACGAAACCCCGGCCAUACGCCUGCCGCCACCGCAUCAGGCAGACAAGGCUGAGACGAACAACCCCAAGGCCCGGCGGACCGGGCCGGUGGGGAGGCCGCAACAGCCCCGCUUCCCAACGCUAUCGCAUAACGCACGCCCAGGGCACGCGACACAGGGCACCUCCCACCCCGACCGCGCGCCAGAAACCCAGACACCAACGGACGGGGCUCGAAACGAACGACCCCAAGCUCUGGCAAGCCAGAUCAGAGGGAAGCCGCAACGGCCCCGAACGCCAUACGAUGCCGCGAUUCAACGCGCGCCCAGGAGCAAGGGGACCAGGCCACGAAACCCCGGCCAUACGCCUGCCGCCACCGCAUCAGGCAGACAAGGCUGA